GGGGGUUCCAGGGGUGUCCAGAGGAGUUCAGUGGGCAGCGAGGCAGCCAUGGGGCUGGAUGCACUGGUGCCCCUGGCCGUGACAGUGGCCAUCUUCGUGCUCCUGGUGGACCUGAUGCACCGGCGCCAACGCUGGGCUGCACGCUACCCACCUGGCCCCAUGCCACUGCCCGGGCUGGGCAACCUGCUGCAUGUGGACUUCCAGAAUACACCAAACAGCUUCAACCAGCUGAGGCGCCGCUUUGGGGACGUGUUCAGCCUGCAGCUGGCCUGGACACCGGUCGUCGUGCUCAACGGGCUGGAGGCCGUGCGUGAGGCACUGGUGACCCGCGGUGAGGACACCGCCGAUCGGCCGCCUGUGCCCAUCACCGAGAUGCUGGGCUUCGGGCCCCACUCCCAAGGGUUGUUCCUGGCGCGCUACGGCCCUGCCUGGCGAGAGCAGAGACGCUUCUCCGUGUCCACCUUACGCAACUUGGGCUUGGGCAAGAAGUCUCUGGAGCAGUGGGUGACCGAGGAGGCCACCUACCUCUGUGCUGCCUUCGCAGACCACGCCGGACGCCCCUUUCGCCCCAACGGCCUCCUGGACAAAGCGGUGAGCAACGUGAUCGCGUCCCUCACCUGCCGGCGCCGCUUCGAGUAUAAUGACCCUUGCCUCCUCAGGCUGCUGGACCUAACAAUGGAGGGAUUGAAGGAGGAGUCCGGCUUACUACGCGAGGUGCUGAAUGCCAUCCCUGUCCUUCUGCGCAUCCCGGGGCUGGCUGGCAAGGUCUUACGCUCCCAAAAGGCUUUCCUGGCCCAGCUGGAUGAGCUGCUGACUGAGCACAGGAUGACCUGGGACCCAGCCCAGCCACCCCGAGACCUGACUGAAGCCUUUCUGGCAGAGAUGGAGAAGACCAAGGGGAACCCUGAGAGCAGCUUUAAUGAUGAAAACCUGCACCUAGUAGUAGCUGAUCUGUUCUCUGCCGGGAUGGUGACCACCUCCAUCACGCUGGCCUGGGGCCUCCUGCUGAUGAUCCUUCACCCAGAUGUGCAGCGCCGUGUCCAACAGGAGAUCGACGACGUGAUAGGGCGGGUGCGGCGACCAGAGAUGGGUGACCAGACUUACAUGCCCUACACCACUGCUGUGAUUCACGAGGUGCAGCGCUUUGCGGACAUCGUCCCCCUGGGUGUGACCCACAUGACAUCCCGAGACAUUGAAGUACAGGGCUUCCUCAUCCCUAAGGGGACAACGCUCUUCACCAACCUGUCAUCGGUGCUGAAGGAUGAGGCCAACUGGGAGAAGCCCUUCCGCUUCCACCCUGAACACUUCCUGGAUGCCCAGGGCCGCUUUGUGAAGCCAGAGGCCUUCCUGCCUUUCUCAGCAGGCCGCCGCGCAUGCCUCGGGGAGCCCCUGGCCCGCAUGGAGCUCUUCCUGUUCUUCACCUGCCUGCUACAGCGCUUCAGCUUCUCUGUGCCCGCUGGACAGCCCCGGCCCAGCCCUCACGGUGUCUUUGCUUUCCUGGUGACCCCUUCCCCUUAUGAGCUUUGUGCUGUGCCCCGCUAGAACAGGGUACCUAGUCCUCAGCCUGCUCCCUAGCCAGGGGCCCUGGUGUGCAAUAAAGCAAUGUGGUAGUUCC